GGCGGCGGCUGCUGCCGUGUCUGUCGGGGCUUUUGGUUUCUUUGCUGCUGUGCCUCGAGGAGGAGAAAGCAGCAACUUUUGAGUUUGCUGCUGCUACAGCAGAGAAGCUGCAGCACGCUGUGGGGCUGGGCCCUUUUGCUUCUGCCCUUUGGGCCUCUCUGCUCAGAGCCGCUCGCGUUCGAAUCCCGGCGCUGCUCAUUAUUUCCAAACUGCUGAACCCCCCCCUUGCGCAGCAGCCGCCACAACGCGUCGCGCUGCUGCUGCCAGAUAGGCCGCGGCUGGUCAUUGGGGCUUUGGAAGCAGCUUUGGGGGACUCCAGCAGCCUCGUCUGCAGGGCAGUGUUGGAUUUGCUGCUGCAGCAGAUGCCCCUCACCAGCUCCAUCCUCACCACGCAGGAAAGAGUGCGGCUGAUUUUGGCUGUGUGGCGGCUGCUGCCGCUGCGGGACUGGUCUCUUAACCGCCGCGCCGUUUUGUGGCUCACAGCGCAGGGCGAAAAGGCCAACGAGGAGACACAGCCCGAGCUUAACAUCCGCGCGAAGCCGGACCUGCUGCUGGCAAUUGCUGCUUCGCUGCUGCCGCGGCCUUCUUCUCGUGCUGCUGCUGUGCUGCCGCUGAAGUCGCUGUCGGUCUUUUUGGGCGACGACGAACUCGAAGGCGCAGCAGAGCAGCUCAUGCCCGCCCUCUCCGGGCCCGUGCUGCACUACCUCUUGAGGGAAUGCAAGAACCCAGAGUGGGGCGCAGCCUGCCUGCAGGAGGCGCAGCACGUUUUCCAUUUGAAGCUGACGCCGCCUGACGUUGUGUGGCGGGCCUUGGCUGACGAGCUGCGGCUGGUACUGCAGCAGCAGCAGCAGCAGCAGCAAGGGGGAGAGCAGCAGCAGCUGCAGCAGCAGCAGCAGCAGCAGGGGGAAGCGCAGCAGCAGCAGCAGCAACAGCACUAUGGAGCUGCUGUGGCCGAAGACGGAGGGCCCGCAGCGGAGGCAGGAAGGCAUCAAGCAGCAGCAGAAGCAGCAGCAGCAGCGGAAGGCGUUCUGCAGCUGGCUGCGCUGUUUGCAGACCGCAUUGCUGCGCCUCUUGCUGCUGCUGCUGCUGCCAGUGGAGCAGCAGAUGCUGCUGCAAUCUGCGGUGUACAGACACUUGACGGGUUCGCCCAGCUGCUGACCCUCGUCCUUGAGGGAUGCCGCGGGCUUGCGCCGACGCUGCGGCAGCUGCCAACAGUUUGGAGGCUGCUGCAGCAGACAGUAACAGACUUGCGCCGGCUGCGGGCUUUGAGGGACAACAAGGAGCUGCUGCUGCUGCUGCAGCGAGCUGCAGCUACGCCGCAGCCUUCGCCUGCUGCUGCAGCAGCAGCAGCAGCAGCGCCAUCCAUUAGUGCUGCUUCUGCCGCAUCUUUCCAGGAGGAGCAGCGGAGCGUAGCUGCAGCAGCCGGCGCUUCGACUGCAGCGCCAGCUGCUGCAGCAGCAAGCUCCGAGGCUGCGGACGGCGGAGACGCAGCAGCAGCUGCUGCGGCUGCUGCUGCUGCAGCAGUGGUGUCCCCAGAGCUUGCCGGGUGCAGCGAUGCAGUGCAGCCAUCGCUGCAGCAGCUGCUGCAGCAGCUGCAGCAGCUGCUGCAUGCAAUCAGCAGCUUUUUGGCACAUGCGGAAGGCCUUCUUGUGGAAUUAUCGGCUUCAGAGGAUCCAACAACACCAGCACUAGACACUCUUUUCUCAAUGCUGGCUAGAACAUGCUGUGUGUGUUUCGGUGGCGGCACAGCCUCCACUUGUAGAGCUCCACUGUUUCAUCGAGGAGGAGAUCAGCAGCAGCAGCAGCAGCAGCAGCAGCAGCAGCAGCAGCAGCAGUGGUCUUCCGCCGUGGCUGCUGGCGCUUCUGGACUGUGCGACGUCUCCGAGGCUAUCCGUUUGCUGCAGAGCAGCACAGACAUUUAUUUCAAUCUUGAAGAGCAGCAGCAGCAGCAGCAGCAGCAGCAGCACCUGCAGCAGGAGGCACUUGAUUUGCGAAACCGACGAGUGUAUGGUCUGUUGCAGCUGCCUCGCGUGGCGGCUACGCUGUGGGACUGCUUAGGCAGCAGCAGCAACAGCAGCAGCAGCAGCAAAGCAGAAGGGCUCAUUGUGGAUCUUCUGCUGCAGCUUAACGAUGCGUGUCUUCCUGAAAGACCGGCUGUAGUCGAAUCGGUGAUUCUGGCGGGCCUUCAAGGCAGCAGCAGCAACAGCAGCAGCAGCAGCAGCAGCAGCAGCAAGGCAGAGAGUGUAUGGAGGUUCAGCGCCUUCUGGCGGCACGCGCGGCUGCAGGUCUACAGGCCUUUGGGUUUGCUGCUGCCGAAUGCUGUGCUGCACCUCCUUGCUUCUCUCGGCGACGCGUUUCCUGAUAUCCGGUAUGCAGCGCGGGUGUUCGUGCGUCUGGGCCUAGACACGGCGCCGCAGCUGCUGCGCCCCGUAUUUGACUGCAUCCUGAGUGCCCCGCCUCCCGUGCAGCUGCAGCAGCUGCAGCAGCAGCAGCAGCAGCAGCAGCAUGGGGCGUUGAAGGGGCGGCAGGAGCAGCCACGCCUGCAGCAGCCGGCGCUAACAGAGCAGCAGCUGCAGGUGCAGCUGCUGUCGCAGCUGCAGCACCGGAUGGAGGAGGAGGCAGCUUCUGCUGCAGCAGCAGAAGCGACUGCUGCUGCGCACCGCGGGCUGGAGCUGCUGCAGCUGCUGCUGCAGUUCGAGGGGCCCCUGCUGCUGGAGCGCAUGCAGGACUUUUAUGUCGAAGAAGACCUUCUAGAAGCAAAUGCGAUGCAGGCGCAGCUGUGGGCAGCAGCAAGUGGGGCCCGGGGCCCCCGAGGCAGUUCUGCUGCAGACUCGGAGGCUGCAGCAGCAGCGGCGGCGGGAGCAGCAGCAACAGCAACAGCAACGGCAGCAGCAGCAGCAGCAGACUGGCACGCGUGGACCUACAGCGACUUCUCAAUCGUUGACUAUGCGGAUUUGUUUUGCGUGGUUCUGCUGCGCUUCAUUUCCUUCCGGAUGCCGCCCUCAGCAGCAGCAGCAGCAGCAGCGGAGGCCGCCGCGGAGCGGCCCAGCGACGCAGCAGCAGCAGCAGCAGCAGCAGCAGCAGCAGCGCGCAGCAGGUUUGCUGCAGUCCACGGCACCGCCUGCGAGCUGCUGGGCUCUUUCCUCUCCGCGCUGCAGCCAGCAGCAAGAGCCAAAGAAGUUUGCUGCCUCUUGUCGCAUGCGCUGGUCGACAGGUUCCAUGCUGCAGUCCAAGACGCAGACUACGCAGCCCAGUCGCAGCUGCUGCAGCUGCUGCGCGUUGUGAUUGUACACUCGAGCCAAGCAGCCACAAGCAUCUCCCCGGCCAGCAAGUGCCUCCUCAGCAGCAGCAGCACGGAGCUGCAGCAGCUGCUGCGCCAGCAGCUGCCGCAGCACCGCCCCUCGCCGUCGGCAGCAGCAGCAGCUGCUGCUGUUGUUGCAGCAGCAGCUGCUGCUGCGUCCGCCGAGUCGGCUGCAGCGUCGGCACCUGCAGCAUCAAGCACAGUGGCAGAAGCUGCUGAAGGCGCAGCAACUCAGCAGCAGCAGCAGCAGCAGCAGCAGUUCCCUCUGUUUGCCUUGGGAGUGCAGCAGAUGAAAGCCAAACUGGGACGUCUGACGCCUCUUAGCCAAGACUUCGGGGGUUUGCUGCGGGGUUUGCUGCUGGCGAUGCGAGUGGAAGACACUGCAGCAGGAGCAGAAGCAGCAGCAGCAGCAGCAGCAGCAGCCGCAGCACGAGACGCAGCAGUCGAGGAAGCAACUCAACUUUCCCUCUUUCUGCUCCAACACCUGCCUGCUGCACAGCUGCAGCCCGUGUCGGUAGUUUUGUUGGAUUUCUUCUGUCGCCUGCUGCUGCGCGCUGCUGUGGGCCGCAACGCAAAUGCGCCCGCCUGCAGUUGCAGCAGAGGUCCCAGCAGCAGCAGCAGCAGCAGCAGCAGCAGCAUGAGUUCCCGGAUGCUGCUGCCGUACCUGAGGGGCAUCUUAGGCGUCUUGAACUUCUGCCUCGACUCUGUUGCCAAAGGCGACGCAGCCAAGGAGGCGCAAGCAGAGAGUGGCGGCUUGACGCCUUUCCUGGACCUCUUCUCGUGGCACAGCACUGCUGUCAGCGACGAGGAGGCGCUGCAGCAGAAGCUGCAGCAGCGGCUGCCGGCCAUUGCUGCUGCGCUGCACAUGACGGUCUCGGCCUGCGUGGCAGCAGCAAACCUCGUGCUGCCUCCGCUGCAGCAGCAGCUGCAGCAGCAGGGUUCCGGCAGCAGCAGCAGCAGCAACGGUGAUGCUGCUGCUGCUGUCGCCUGGUCUGUUUCGGGUGGGCUUCAUCAAGGCGCCGAGGGCGGAGUGCCUGCGGUGAGCGAGGAAGCCCCAGCAGCUGUUGCUGCUGCAGCUGCUGCUGCUGCUGCUGACUGCAGCAGCAACCAGCAGCAGCAGCAGAAGCUCUCCGACUGCCAAGGGGCCCACCUGACGCAUGCAGAUGAAGCUGCGCUGUCGCUCUUGAGGCAAAUUCUUGACCGUCUGUUUGUCAGGACCCUGUUGCCGCCCCUGGUGGGCCUGCUGCAAGACGCAGCAAAGGGUUUAGGGUUUGGGGGUUCUUCAUCGGCGCCUAUUUCUCCGGCUUCCUGCCUCAUGCACUUGUCGCCGCUAGCUGUUGCUGACGAAGCAGCAGCAGCAGCAGCAGCAGCAGCAGCAGGAGGGCCUGGCGGCAUGUCAGGGCCAGAAGCAGCAGCAGCAGCGCCGGGGACGGAGGCUGCGGCUCCGGCGCCGGCGGCGGCGGCCGCUGCUGCCGCAGCAGCAGCAGCAGCAGCAGCAGGGAGGGACAGCGUGGAGAAGCUGCUGCAGCAGGCGGGCCUGGCGGAAGCCCCGAGGCCCCGCGAAAGCAUUAUGCUGCACCUCAUUUACACUCUUGUAGCUGCUGCUUACCCCCCCCCUUUCUUGCAAUUUAGAAGUCUCUGCAGCUCCUCCUGCGGGCUGCAGCAGCAGCAGCAGCAGCCGCUCGCUGCUGCUGCUGCUGCCUCAGCCGCAGCGGCCGAGGCAGCAGCCCCCCCCGCCGCCCCCAGCAGCAGCAGCAGCAGCAGCAGCAGCGGCGAGACCGACACGGAAGUGGGAGCAGCAGCAAAUCCAAAUGCUUUUGAUGUAACUCCGCCGCUGCCACCUGCCGUGGAUUUGCUGAACCAGGCUCUCGCAGUUGCUGCUGCUCCUGCUGCUGCUGCUGCUGCGCCUGCUGCUGCUGCGGCGACGGGAGACGCCAGGGAGGACUUCGCAGCGCACAGCGCAGCAGCAGCGCAGCCACCCGCCGCACCAACAGCAGCAGCAGCAGCAGCAGCCGUGGCACCGGCUGAAGGCAUUGCCAGCAGCAGCAGCAGCAGCAGCAACGGGGAGGCCGCGCUGCUGCAGGAGCUGCGGCGGCGUCUGGUGCUGCAGCUGCAGCCACCCUCCCUGCGGGCCCCGUGCUGCAUUGCAGAAGCAAAUAAAGAAAUUGCCAAACGGAAGCUUUCGGCUGCUGUGGCUUCUCCCACAGACCCUGAAGAAGUUGCUGCUGUUUUUGGCCUUGCUGCGCUGCUCAUGCAGUGUGCAGAUCUGAAGCAGCUCAACAGAAGAAGUCCUUUGUCUGCUCUUUUUCUUCAAACCCUAACAGAUGAGCUGCAGGGCAGUCUCGCCCAGGCCCUGAGCAGCGCCGCCCCGCAGGGUUUCAUCUCCCGCUAUUUGCUGCUGUCGCUCUUUGAGUGGCUGCCACUGCGGCUGUUUCCAGGAGCAGCAGCGCCGCUGCGGCGGCUGCUGCUGGAGGAGCUGCAGCGGCAGCAAGUGCUGCAGAGCGACCGCAGAACCCUCAGGGCUUUGGGUGCUGCUUUGGGCGCAGCUCUGGCAACAGAAACUGCAAAGUUGGAUGCCAUCAUGCCCCCCCCAAACGCCGGGGUGUUUGUGUCUCGGGAGCGGGAAGCCUCUGGGCGAGUGGCCCACAUGAAGCGGCUGGCCUUUUUGCUGCUGGCAGCUCCCGAGGGUUUCUUUACUGCCCAUGUAGCUUUGCUGCUGGAGAGACUCACUGAGGCCCUCAAGCCCUCCUACCCUGCUGCAGUCUCUGUCGAAAUCACCAUUCAGGUCUUCGUCUGCGUGCGGGUGCUGCUGCUGCGGCUGCCGCCGGCCUCGCGGACUCCCGUGUGGCCCAUAGUUUUGACGGAGUUGAUUCGGGUGUUUUCGGGGGCCCUAGGGGGCCCCCCGCAGGCCCCGCUGCCAGCAGCAGCAGCAGCAGCAGCAGCAGCAGCAGGAGACACAGGCAGCCCCCAGAGAACGCCCCUGGCCCUCCUCUCCGCAGGCCUCAAAGUUGUCGAAGUGGCGACGCUGCUGAAUCUGCCGGACUUCACUUUGUACCGCUGGGUCUUUUUGGCUGAAGACUCAGCAGCAGCAGCAAACCAGCAGCAGCAGCAGCAGCAGCAGCAGGUUCAGCAGCAGCAGGAGGAAGGCGACCUGAAAAAUGAGCAUGUGCAUACAGGGAGCCUUCAGCAGCAGUUUGCUCCUCCCAUUUUUGAGGAGGAGCAGCAGCAGCAGCAGGGUGGAGACGCUGCAGCAGAAACAGCAGGGGCUGCUGCUGCUGCAGGUGCAGCUGCAGAGGCGGCCGCACGGGAGCAUCUGCAGCAAACGGCUGCAGGGGACCCCCAGGACUCUGCUGCAGCAGCAGCAGCAGCAGAAACAGCAGCAGCAGCAGCAGCAGAAACAGCAGCAGCAGCAACAGCAGAAGAUCGAAGCAGGAGCUUGGAAUCCCAGUUGUCUCAAAGUCUAUCUUUCGAAGGCACCGCCACCCCCCCUCACGGCAGCCGCAGCAAGCCAGGCAGCAGCAGCAGCGGCAGCAGAAGCAGCAGCCGCAGCAGCAGCAGCCUGGCCCCUAGUGAAAUGUCUAUGGUCAACUCCUCAGCAGCCACAUUCCGGCCCUUUCUCAGCGUGCUUGCAAGCAAGUAUCAAUACCCGCAGCAGCAGCAGCAGCAGGAGCAGCAGCAGCAGCAAGACAAGGAGGCCCACUCUUACGAAGCGGAUGUGUCGGAGCCUCGGAAAGGUUUUUUGAGCAGCAGCAGCAGCAGCAGCAAGAUCAGCAGCAACAGCCUUGCCGCAGCAGCACGCCGGCUGAACGAGAGAGCAGCAGCAGAGCCAACUCACAAAGUUGACACAGAGGACGAAGAGAUCCGCAGAAGCAUAGAAGAUGACCUGCUGGAAGGCCCCGAGGAGCUGAGGGACCUUUGGUAUGAUCUGCCGCUGCAGCUGCUGCUGCAGCAGCAGUGGUGUCUGUACACCUCGGGCUUUGAGCUGCUGCUGCCAGCAGCAGCAGGGGCCCCGCAGGCGCCUUGCGAAGAGCCAGACGACAGUAGUCUCUAG